AUGGAAGAGGCCGGGGGCUGUGCCGCCACCAGACUUCUGCCACUUAGGAGCUGGCAGCUCCCCCCGCCGCUACUGCCUGGCCCGGGGACUGUCUCCGGGGCAACGCUCUGCUCUGCUCAGCAGUCGGGCCUGACCUGGGCCGUGCAGGUGGCCCUGCCAAUCUGGCCUGCCCGUUCCCUGCAGGGUACAGCCAGCAGUCCCAGAGCUCCUCCCCCAUCUGUCACUGCUGUUCUGCACUACCGCCUCAAGGUCUAUACCCGCUAUGGGAAGUGUUACACCUUCAACGCAGAUCCACAGAGUUCGCUGCCCAGUCGGGCAGGGGGCAUGGGCAGUGGCCUGGAGAUCAUGUUGGACAUCCAGCAGGAGGAAUACCUGCCCAUCUGGAGAGAGACAAACGAGACAUCGUUUGAGGCUGGCAUCCGAGUGCAGAUCCAUAGCCAAGAGGAGCCCCCCUACAUCCACCAGUUGGGCUUCGGUGUGUCCCCAGGCUUCCAAACCUUCGUGUCCUGCCAGGAACAGCGGCUGACCUAUCUGCCCCAGCCCUGGGGCAACUGCCGGGCGGAGAGCGGGCUCCGGGAGCCUGAGCUUCAGGGCUACUCAGCCUACAGCGUGUCUGCCUGCCGGCUGCGCUGUGAGAAGGAGGCCGUGCUUCAGCGCUGCCAGUGCAGGAUGGUGCACAUGCCAGGCAAUGAGACCAUCUGCCCGCCAAAUAUCUACAUCGAGUGUGCCGACCACACACUGGACUCCUUGGGUGGGGGCUCCGAGGGCCCGUGUUUCUGCCCUACUCCCUGCAACCUGACUCGCUACGGGAAAGAAAUCUCCAUGGUCAGGAUCCCCAACAGGGGCUCAGCCCGGUACCUGGCAAGGAAGUACAACCGCAAUGAGACCUACAUCCGGGAGAACUUCCUGGUCCUCGAUGUCUUUUUUGAAGCCCUGACCUCUGAGGCCAUGGAGCAGAGAGCAGCCUAUGGCCUGUCAGCCCUGCUGGGAGACCUCGGGGGACAGAUGGGUCUAUUCAUCGGGGCCAGCAUCCUCACACUACUGGAGAUCCUGGACUACAUCUAUGAGGUGUCCUGGGACCGAAUGAAGCGGGCGUGGCGUCGUCCCAAGACCCCCCUGCGGACCUCCACUGGGGGCAUCUCCACCCUGGGGCUGCAGGAGCUGAAGGAGCAGAGCCCAUGCCCCAGCCGGGGCCGUGCUGAGGGCGGGGGAGCCAGCGGCCUGCUCCCCAACCACCACCACCCUCCUGGCCCCCGAGGAGGCCUCUUUGAAGACUUUGCUUGCUAGGAUGGUGCUGUGUCUAAAAAGACCCAGGACUCUGGGACCCCUCCCAGGAUCCCCAAGUCUCCUCCUGCUCCUGGGACACAAGGCCUGGGGGCAGCCCAAGGGGAGGGGGAGAGGGCGGUGCUCGCUGGGAGGGUGGGGACUCGGUUCAG